UCCUUGCAUGCUCUCUGCAGUUGUGCUUUCAUGGGAGCGAGACUGUAUAUAUACAAUACAAGUGUCGGCUUUGGAGGCCAGCCAGCCGUCGAGCGCAAGAAGCGACAGUAGAAGAAGACGAGGAGGAGGAGGAAGAAGAAGAUGGCCCAGAUGCUGCUGCACGGCGUGGUUGACGCCAAGAUCCUCGAGGCCGACCUGUCCGUCACCUCCGACGGCCAGCUCCGACCCACCCGCAAGACUGUCAUGAAGAAGAGAGUCUUCUCAUGGAUCAAGAAGUUGUCAUUCUGCAACAACAGUCAGAGAAACGCGCGCAUGCAGCAGCUGGAGAACGCCAUCGGGCUCGGCGGCACGGCGGGCAAGCUGUACGCGACGGUGGACAUCGACAAGGCGCGCGUCGGCCGGACGCGGAUGGUGAGCCCGACCAACGCCCCCGCCUGGAACGAGUCCUUCCACGUCUACUGCGCCCACGACGCCAGCCACAUCAUCUUCACCGUCAAGGCCGACAACACCGUCGGCGCCACGCUCAUCGGCCGCGCCUACCUCCCCACCGGCGGCGCCGUGCUCGCGGGCCAGCGGGUCGACCAGUGGCUCCCCAUCUGCGACGACAAGCGCCGCCCGCUCGACGGCGGGGACAGGAUCCGCGUCCAGCUCCGCUUCACCGACGUCGCCGAUGACCCGGCGGCCCGCUGGGGUGCCGGCGUCGGCGACGCGGCCUACCCGGGCGUGCCGCGCACCUUCUUCGCCCAGCGCCGCGGCUGCCGCGUCAGGCUGUACCAGGACGCCCACAUCUCCGACGGCUUCGCGCAGCGGGUCCAGGUCACGCUCGCCGGAGGGAAGCCGUACCAGCCGCGCCGGUGCUGGGAGGACGUGUUCGAGGCGAUCACCAACGCCCGGAGGAUGGUGUACAUCGCCGGGUGGUCGGUCAACACCGACGUCGCGCUGGUGCGCGACCCGCGUAAGCCGUCGUCGGGAACGCUCGGCGAGCUGCUCAAGAGGAAGGCGGCCGAAGGCGUCAGGGUGCUGAUGCUGGUGUGGGAUGACCGGACGUCGCUGGGCCUCGGCCCGAUCCGGCGCGACGGUCUCAUGGCCACGCACGACGAGGACACGGCCACGUACUUCCGUGGCACGGGCGUGCGCUGCAUCCUCUGCCCCCGGAACCCCGACCAGGGCAGGAGCUACGUGCAGGACGUGGAGACGGCGGCCAUGUUCACCCACCACCAGAAGACGGUCAUCGUCGACAGCAGCCGCAACGCCGCAGCCAACGCGUCGCCGGGCCUCGUCAGCUUCCUCGGCGGCAUCGACCUCUGCGACGGGCGCUACGACACGCAGCAGCACCCUCUGUUCAGGACGCUCGGCACCACGCACCGGAACGACUUCCACCAGCCCAACUUCCCCGGAGCGUCCAUCAACAAGGGCGGGCCAAGGGAGCCAUGGCACGACAUCCACUGCCGCGUCGAGGGCCCCGCCGCGUGGGACGUGCUCGACAACUUCGAGCAGCGCUGGCGGAAGCAGGGCGACGGCGACAACCACCUCGUCACCCUCGACCGCGGCUGGGCGGCGCGCGAGGCGGUCCAGGACGCCGACUCGUGGAACGUCCAGGUGUUCCGGUCCAUCGACGGCGGCGCGGCGGCGGGGUUCCCGGAGAAGCCCGAGGAGGCGGCCCUGAUCGGCCUCGAGACGGGCAAGGACCACGUGAUCGAGCGCAGCAUCCAGGACGCCUACAUCCACGCCAUCCGCCGCGCCCGCGACUUCAUCUACAUCGAGAACCAGUACUUCCUCGGGAGCUCCUACGCGUGGCGCCGCGACGACGGCGUCACCGUGGAGGACAUCAACGCGCUGCACCUCAUCCCCAAGGAGCUCUCGCUCAAGAUCGUCAGCAAGAUCGAGGCCGGCGAGCGGUUCGCCGUCUACGUGGUGGUGCCCAUGUGGCCCGAGGGCGUGCCGGAGAGCGGCUCCGUGCAGGCCAUCCUCGACUGGCAGCGCCGGACCAUGGAGAUGAUGUACAAGGACGUCGCGCUCGCCAUUCAGGCCAAGGGCAUCCAGGCCAGCCCCACCGACUACCUCACCUUCUUCUGCCUCGGCAACAGGGAGGCGCCCGGCCCCGGCGAGUUCGUGCCGCCGGAGAGGCCCGACCCUGACACCGACUACGACAGGGCGCAGCAGGCCAGGCGUUUCAUGAUCUACGUCCACGCCAAGACCAUGAUAGUGGACGACGAGUAUGUCAUCGUGGGAUCGGCCAACAUCAACCAGCGCUCCAUGGACGGCGGCCGGGACUCGGAGAUCGCCAUGGGCGCGUACCAGCCGGGCUACCUCGCGUCCACCAACCGGCCGGCGAGGGGGCAGGUGCACGGCCUACGACUUGCCCUGUGGCAGGAGCAUCUGGGCCAGGCCAGGGCAACCGUCGACCUCCUCCAGCCAUCGAGCCUGGCGUGCGUGCGCAGGGUGAACGAGGUGGCGCAGCAGAACUGGGACAUGUUCGCGAGCGAUGCGCCGCUCCAAGGAGACCUGCCGGGCCACCUCCUGGCUUACCCCAUCGGCGUGAGCGAAGGCGGAGAGCUGCUGGAGACGACGGCCUUCUUCCCCGACACCAAGGCCAGGGUGCUCGGCAACAAGUCCACCUACCUCCCCCCGAUCCUCACAACAUGAAGACGUACGAGAUCCUCUACGACUAAGAUGAUGACUGCUUGUCGCGUGUAGGCUGAUUGCACGUAGCGGAACGUGUAUAAACAAUUUACUAUACAGCUUGUGAAUUGGGAUUGCUAGUGCUGUAAUAACAAGAGUUCUUACAUCUAAGUCAAAUCAUGUACAUAAAGGACAAGAUUACUGGGUG